CAGCUAAUUAGCUGUACAUUGUGUAAUAUCAAGUUUCUUCCUUGUUUCAAUACACAUGCAUGCAUUUUGUUACCAUCCUGUGGUGAUAUUUAUAGUUCGUGCAUUGCAAAUCACAUGGCUUACGGAAAUUAAUUUUAUCAUGGAUGCAAUGAAGUAUCAAUGCGUUCGGUUUAUUUUUCUUCUUUGCAACAUAACGUUCUGCAAAACGUACAACUGCACAAGGCAUCAAAAACAAGAAUGUCAGGAAGAUUGCAUUUGGAGCGAACAGAACAGGAAAUGCAUGGAUUGUCCGAUUGGUAAUUAUGGACAAAACUGUUUGCAGACAUGCAGAUAUCCAAAUUAUGGAAUGGAUUGCCAACAGGAUUGCUCUCAUUGUAAGGAAGAAGCGUGCAAUCCAAUGUUUGGUUGCCCGGCAACUAGUACAACAACGAACAUAGGUACAGUACAGCUACAUGUAAUGGAUGGAAUAAAAAUAUGGGAAAAAGAAUCCAAGGGUGACCAGCCUGAUACAAUAAAACUGGACCCCAUCGUCAUUGGAAUAGUGACGUCAUCAGGGUUCUUUCUAGUUUUGAUUUCCUUCGUCAUUGUUACAAUUCUGAACAGAAAGCGGUUUGUCCGCAAACUGAGAAAGCGCGUACAUUAUAUAGAGUCUGUGAUCGAGGAUCUUCAUGAAAACGGCACUUUACCAAGGAACCAAAUAUACACACCUAAUAAUGAUGCUACUUAUAUUAACCAAAAUCAGUAGAAGUAGCUUCCUUAACUGUUGAUGGCGGGAAAAACACAAAUAUUGUUAAUUUUGUGAAUGCACUCAUUUAUCAUUAUUUCUAGAUCUCUGUGUUCUUUUUGCCAAUGUAUAAAUGUACAGUUUACAUAUUCAAUGGUAAUAUAUUGAAUUGAAAGAUUCAAAUCAUUUGGAAAAAAGAACAUUAUAAAUAUAUUGUCCAUAUAAUUUACUAUCUUUAAUGUGAUGAUUUUGUAUCCUAAUGUGUGUAUGUCCAGGAUUUUUGUACAAAAUGUCCGAAGACUCUAGAUCUUAAUCCGUCCCCCACAUGAGGUGCUAAUUUUCACAAUAUCAGUACAGGGCUGGCUUUUGGACAUGUUUUGAUGUAUAAAUACAUUUAGCUUUGAUAAAGGCAUAACGAAUUUUGAUAGGUGUUAACAGGGACCUAUAUACUAGUAUAUACGUCCCUGGUGUUAAUUUGAUAGUUACUUUAGUUCAAUUUGUGACUUCUAGGUUCAGAUGUAAAUAUAUGUAGCUAUAGAUCUACAUAAAGCCAGCAGGUCAUAACUCAUUUUGAAAUUUCACUUUUCGAAAGAAGCUGUCUCACAUUCAUUGAUAUAAUCCCCUUCCUUUCAAGAAAUAUCACAUUAAUGUAGUUAGCAAAGGCUCCAAACUUACAGUGUAGUGGAAUACAUGUAUGAUAUUAUACAUAUGUACAUGUAUUUAAACCAUUUAGUAAGUAUAUCAUAUCAAGUAAAGUAGAAAUGGUCUGUCAAAUGGAUCAAGAGCAGCAUGUUUCUGCUGUAGUAAUUCUUAGCAAUAAAUCAAAUAUGGUGGUAAAAUACAGAAAAAUAAAUUCUGUGGACAGAUAGUCUAU